CCGAACUUCGAAUUCUACAGAAUUGGCAACGAUGAAAGAAUUGGCAAGGAGACAUAUUCCUAAAUACUGGAGAGUGUGGCGGUCUGCUGAAGUUGUAGAAGAGGAACUCAGUGAUUAUGAAGAUUUAGACAUAAUAGAUCCAAUGCCAUAUGAUUUGGAUAUCACAUCUGUUGUGAAAGUUAAGAAUCCUUAUUUGUGGAGCUGCUACCAGCUAAAAAAGGCAGAGUACAGGAAACGAUAUGGCCACGUGUCGGAAGUAACCUUGUACCAUGCAACAGCAGAAGACAAUGUACAAUCCAUCAUCAGUGAGAACUUUAAUUGGAGGUUUUCUGUACGAACAAAAUUUGGCAGAGGUGUUAGCUUUAGUCCAGAUCCUAAGUACGCUAAUAGGCAUUGUAAUAGCAAUGCUGGCUGUGAGAGAGCUAUGAUAGUUGCAAGUGUACUGGUAUCAAAUACAUGCCAGGGUUCAUACUCUACUAAGAUACCCACCAAAGGUCACGAUACAACUGUUGGGAACAAGGACAAAGUUUAUGUUAAGUAUUCUGAUAACGAGUUUUAUCCAGAAUAUGUAAUAUAUUAUAAUGAUGAUUCAGAGCUGUACUGAAUGAUAGAUUUUAAUUGGCAUUGAUUCUUCCAUGUUUGUAUGUGUUUUGGGAAAUAUAAUUCUGGGGUGUACAAUAUCUUAUUCUACCUAAAGUUUAGUGCCAUUAUAUUCUUACCCUAUUUACAUAUUUAAAAAAUCUAUGGAAAAAUGUGU